AUGCAGGACAGAGUCCCGGGGCUGAGCUGGGACCCAGGGACCUGCCCAAGGUCACAGCCUGUCCCCUGGAGCCAGCAGAGAUCGUGCUUCAUGGGAGCAAAGGAGGGAUCCCCUAUUGCCACCAGCCCUGUGGUGACUCAGGACUGGGACUUCUCAUCUUCUGGUGUCUUUUCUGGGCUGAAGAUUGACCCUGAUACUCUAGUAAAGAAGCUUGACUUGGACUCCAGAAGCAUCAUUUCCUCCAGAACAGGUUUAGAAGAAAAAACAGUUCUUUCCAAAAAAGAAAAAAUGAAGCUGCGUAAAGAAAGAUGGCUACAGAAAAUAGAAAGUGUGAAGCUAGCCAAACAGAAGCAAAAAACUGAAGCAAAGCGGAAAGCAACACCUGUGGUGGGAGACAUGCAGCCGUUGAUGGAAGCCCUACCUGAGCUCUCCGACCUGACCACAAGUGGCAGGGGCAGGAAGCCACCCAAGAGCCAUGUAAAAGCAAAGGCAGAACCAGCAGACUUCUGUCUGAUGAAACAAGCUCAGAAGUGCCAGCUCUUAGAGGAGGAAGUGGCUCGGUUUCAUGAGGUCAUCACCAAUCCCAGAUACAGAGCCAACCCCCUCAUGACCAUCAGCGAGCAUCUCUCCAAGAGGCUGAGGCAGCAGGAAGAAAGUAAACCCCUCUAG